CUGCUGCUGCUGCUGCUCCUGCUGCUGCUGCUGCCUCAGCCGGCAGAGUCCUGCGGACCUGGUAGCUUGAACGGGGGCCAGCGGCGCCCGGCGCGCAAGCUGACGCCGCUCGCCUUCAAGCAGUUCGUGCCCAACGUGGCCGAGAGGGCGCUGGGCGCGAGCGGCCGCUACGAGGGGAAGAUCGCACGCGGCUCCGAGAGGUUCCGGGAGCUGACGCCCAACUACAACCCCGACGUCGUGUUCAAGGACGAGGAGGGCACCGGGGCCGACCGCCUCAUGACGCAGCGCUGCAAGGAGCGCCUCAACUCGCUCGCCAUCUCCGUGAUGAACACGUGGCCCGGCGUGAAGCUGCGCGUGACCGAGGGCUGGGACGAGGACGGCCACCACUCGGAGGAGUCGCUGCACUACGAGGGGCGCGCCGUGGACAUCACCACGUCGGACCGCGACCGCGACAAGUACGGCACGCUGGCACGCCUCGCCGCCCAGGCGGGCUUCGACUGGGUCCACUACGAGUCCAAGUCGCACGUGCACUGCUCCGUCAAGGCCGAGAACUCCAACAUCGCGGCGGCCAAGGGCAGCGAGGGCUGCUUCCACGGCGACGCGCGCCUCUUGGUGGAGGGCGGCGGCUCCAAGAGGCUGCGCGACCUGCGGGCCGGCGAGCGCGUCCUGGCGGCGAGCGGGCCCACCUCGCCGCCCGCCUACAGCGACCUCCUCCUCUUCCUCGACCGCGAGCCCCGCCAGCGGCGCCGCUUCAUCACCCUGGAGACGGAAGGCGGCGGCCGCCUCCUCGUCACCCCCUCGCACCUCGUGUUCGCCGCGCCCGGAGACUCCGACGAUGACGGCGGCGGCGAUAGUGGCAGCGGUGUUCCCCCGGAGGAGCGCGCCGUGGCCCUCUUUGCCAGCCGCGUGCGGCCCGGCAUUGGUGUUGUUGUUGGCGAUGACGGAGCACCGCGGCUGCGUGCGGUGCGCGUGGUGCGCGUGAGCUGGGUGGAGGCGCUGGGGUCGUACGCGCCGCUCACGCACCACGGCACGGCGAUCGUCGACGGGCUGCUGGUGUCGUGCUACGCGGCCGUCGAGACGCACGGCCUGGCUCACGUCGCCUUCGCGCCGCUCCGCACGGCCCACGAGCUCAUGCGGGGCCUCGGGAUACAUUCGCGCAGCAGCAGCAGCGGCGGCGACGGCAAUAGCAGCGGCAGCGGCAGCAGCAGUAGCAAGAACGCACCGGGAGCGGAGGGAGAAGGAAUUCACUGGUACCCGCGACUCCUCCACACGCUCGCCCGUCUGCUGCUCGGCGAAGACGUGUUCCACAUCCUCUCGCCUGGCCGCGCGUGA